AUGAGUGACUUUGCCAAUGAAUACGAGCGACAGCGUCAAGAAAACAUUCGUCGAAAUGAGGAAAUCCUUCAGCAACUCAAUAUACCAGAUAUUGUCAGAUCCUUUAAGAAACCCAAGCCAAAGCCAAGGCCACCAAAAGUUAAAACUCAGCCUAUACGGCAUUCUUUACGCUUACGUGGUGUUAAACCAGAUUCGUCAGAAGGUAAAAGGCGAGUCGAAGAAGACAUUGUAAAAAAAGAAAAAAGAGCUCGUCUAGAAGGCAUCCUAGCCUUGCACGCGAUUCGUGCCAAUAGAACAUCAGUUGAUGAUACUAAUCAAUUCAUAGGCAUUCUAUCUGAUUUAUCAAUGGCCAAGGAUUCUAGAAAGGAUUAUGAAGUUGAUAAAGUUCAAACGAAUGAUGUUAACUUCGAUUCAGUUCCAGGCGGCAAAGAGGGUUUGAAAGCAGUACGAUGGAGAUGUCGAUCACUUAAUCUUAAAACGACCGAAGAUUGGUCAUCCGUUAAAGUAACCCCUGAAAGAAUAUAUUGUAUAUCCGUACACCCCUCGAAAGAUAAGAUAUUAGUAUCUGCGGGAGACAAACAAGGUUCUUUAGGUUUCUGGGAUGUUAAUGAGAUAAAUGUGAAUGAAUAUGGGAACGGAGAAUGCCAAACUUUCAUGUUCGACGCACAUACAAAAACCAUAACGUGUUCUCAAUAUUCUCCUACGGAUUCAAAUUUGCUCUUUACAUCUUCGUAUGAUGGUUCAAUUCGCUAUCUCGACCUUAAUCAAGCUAAGUCUAUAGAAACUUUCGUUAGUAAUGAGUAUACUUAUACUCAUUUUGAUAUGGACUCAACUGGGCAAAUAAUUUACUUUUCAACAAAUGAAGGAACUGUUGGAGUCAAAGAUAUUCGUCAGCCUAUAACCGUUUUUAACGGUUACGAUCUUCAUGAUAAGAAAGUCGGAUGUAUUUCUUUGAAUCCAAUACGUCCAGAAUUAAUGGUCACUGCUUCAUUGGAUAGGACGAUGUGUCUUUGGGAUAUCCGUAAACUGGGCUCAGAUUGUAAAGUUCAAGAAUUCACAUUCACUAAAUCAGUAACUAGCGCAUACUGGAGUCCCACAGGGGACAAAGUUGUUUCAACCAGCUAUGAUGACUUGAUGCGAGUAUUCUAUUAUAAUGAAGAAAGAAAGUUAAAAGAACGUAUACAGAUCCCAAAUAACAAUCAAGUAGGAAGGUGGGUGACAAUGUUUCGAGCGACCUGGAAUCCAAACCCAAACUUGCAUCCUCAUUUUAUCGUUGGGAAUAUGAAAAGAUCGGCAGACAUAUAUUCGGCAGUUACUGGAGAAUUAAUUGGGAAUAUGCGUGAUGAGAAUCUGUCUGCUAUACCAGCUGUAAAUGCUUUUCACCCAAAACUAAACAUAAUUGUCAGUGGAAAUGCUAGUGGUAGAAUGGUUGUUUGGCAAGAGAAGCCAAAGGUGACUCCUAUCGUUUUAGUAUGA